UGUGCAUCUGCCUUAGCAGAAUUCCAGACUGUUCCUCUCUGCCCACUUCUCUGACCCACUGAGAUCCCUCCGAGGGGCUGCCCAACACCCAGGGGUAUCGCCCAUUCCUGCCACUUCUGCCCAAAAGCUCUGUACUGUGGCUUUGUGCAUAUAACCCCACUCCCAUAGCCAGCUGACAGGAAAAAGGAGGCUUUCAGAGGGACAAGGAAGAGUAAUUUUCACAUAUUUCUUUUAAAAGGAACUGUUCUUCAACAACAGAAGCUUUUUACAUUUCAUUGUCAGGAGAGAGGUUCUGCCUUUUUAGCAAAGGCUUUUUUAUUGUUCAAACAUGAAGAAACAUUUAAUUACAGGACAUUACUAAAAUAACAUGUUAAGGAUGAAAUCCAGUUCUAUUCAUUCAAAAUCAAAAGAGGCCAUGACUGGUUAAUAAGCCACUUCUUCCUAGUAGGGAACUUUUAUCUGGUGUUUUAAAAAUUUUAAGCUGAAAUUUGACUCUACAAAUGUGUACUGAAGCAUAAUCAUGAACACAUUCACUAGACAAAUGUUAAUUUGUUUGAAAACACAGUAGAUUCUGUCUUUAAAUUUACAUCUAAUGGGAAAAAAAUCAAAGACUGAAGUAAUUAAUUAUAGGGACAUAUGUUUGUAUGGGACCUACCCAAACAGUUAACUUUGCAGAGCUCUGCAGAGAGACAGACUCCUUUAAAUUAACAAUAAAAUCAUGCAAAUUGAGUUAAUUAAUGAAAUAACAUGGUCAUCCCAUCAUAUAAUGACAUUAAAGUCUAUAGUAAGCUCAGUGUAUUUUUUCUUACUCGUAGAUAUUACAACUGGAUGUAUUGUUAAGUGUGGUAAAAAAGCAUACCAUAUGCUAUGAUUAGCACUCGUAGAUAUUACAACUGAUAUCCCAGGAAAAUGGUCUGAAGUUCUCUUACAAGGCUGCCACCUCUACUGCACAGAGCCCUUUUGGUGCUGUUCUAUCUUCCUGGUGAAUCAUUUGCACUACCAGAAGACUUAUAGAAGUCACAAAUCCAUCAGCACACAUUGCUUUCUUAUACUCCCCAUCAAAAACAUUUUUAUUGUUUUGUUCAAUUUAUGUUUUUCUCCUACUUUUUUUUUUUUUUUACUCCAAGUGUCUUCCAGCUGGUAAUAAAUUGUUCCACAGUGAUUAAGUACGUUUCCACCUGUACACUUGGUGCCCUUUGAUAAAUUUACAUCGUAUGUGGUAUUUCUAAAUGCUGAUACAAGCUAGCCACCUCCCUUCCAGUGCUCCUGCAUUUCUUCCCUCAUUAUUUUAGAUAUUUUAGCCCUUUCUGUAUGAUAAUACCAAGCAUUUUUCACACAUUCAAGCAGCUCUGCCAGCAUUUAUGGGGACACAGAAUCUAAGGAUAUUAAAUAAUUCCCACUGUGAAAAACAAAACAUUCCUUACAGAAUUUACUUACAAAAUAUGCAAAACAACAUGUCUCUUCAUAUUUCCUGAAGAGGGAUGCAAGUAAUAACCCCAAAGUACACAAAAUGGAAAAUUUCAGCCCAGAUCAUAUAAUUUCAGAAAAAAUUCUCUAGUUUAUAAACUUUCUUCGAAAAUUUUUACUCAGUGCCCCAAGUCCUCUCUUUCUGCCUUCAAGGAAAGACUGGACGUGGCACUGGGUGCCCUGGUGUGGUUAAGGUGGUGAUCGGUCAUAGCCUGGACUCGGUCUCAGAGGACUUUUCCCGACCGAACUGAUGCUGUGAUUCCCACCUCUCAGGGGUCUUUUCCCGUCCGAACUGAUGCUGUGAUUCCCACCUCUCAGGGGUCUUUUCUCGACCGAACUGACGCUGUGAUUCCCACCCUGGCUCCCAGGCCGUCCCCUGCAGCUCCCCGGCCGCAGCCGAGGCCGAUGCCCGCUUCGUGCCGCACCUCCCCGCCCUGCCUCCAGGCCCCUCAGCUCCGCCUGCCCUGGGGGCUCCAAGGCAGCGUGGUGGACACCGCGACACGCGGCUCCACGUGUUGGUUUUGUUGGAGCUCGUCUGGCCGAGAAGGACGCUGCUCACAGGCUGCUCCCCGCCCCAGCCCAGGCCCCUCAGAGCGCCGGCGACACCGCUCCGCGCUCCGCCGCACUUUCGUCACGGCCGCGCCCGCGGCUCCGCCGCCCCGCCGGGCCUCGGCCGGUGUCCGCGAAGGUGCGGUGUCCCCGCCGGUAGCGCGGAGCCGCGUUGUAUUCGGAUUUAGCCCUUGGGCUGCCGGACUCUGACUCGAAUCUGCUGUCGCCAAAAGCCAGCCUGUCCCGGCAUCAGCGGAACCGGAAGCGCCGCCAUUUUGUUUCGGGUGAUGGCGGCUGUGGUGUUCUGGGGCCGGGGGCUUUAGCGCGGGCCUGGCCGUGCGGGGACUCGCAGCUCGGACAGUCGGUGCUCCUGCGAGCCACCCCCGCCUCGCUGCGCCCUCCGGUGAUGUACGGAGGGCUCGGAGGGUCUCGACGGACUGCAGAAGAAGCAGGCCCGCCGCCCCUAAUGUUGUUGUCAGGCGGGGGAACGGUGCCUGGGCCCCCCGGAGGAGGUGGAGGUGGAGGCGGGAGUAGCCGUGUGGAGCUGCUGGUGUUCGGCUAUGCCUGCAAGCUGUUUCGGGAUGAUGAGAAGGCUCAGUACCAGGAGCAGGGGCGACACCUUAUUCCUUGGAUGGGAGACCCCAAGAUCAUGAUCGAUAGGUAUGAUGGGCGUGGUCACCUGCAUGACCUUUCUGAAUAUGAUGCUGAAUAUUCUACCUGGAACAGAGAUUAUCAGUUGUCCGAAGAGGAGGCUAGAAUAGAAGCCCUCUGUGAUGAAGAGAGGUAUUUAGCCUUGCAUACGGACUUGCUUGAGGAGGAGGCAAGGCAAGAGGAGGAAUAUAAAAGACUCAGUGAAGCUUUGGCCGAGGAUGGUACCUAUAAUGCAGUGGGAUUCCGUUAUGGCAGUGAUUAUUAUGACCCUUCAGAACCCACUGAAGAGGAGGAGCACCAGCCUGCAAAACAAAGAGAAACAGCUCAGGCAGAAAAUGCAGAGGAAAAUGAAGAACCUUUUGUUGCCCCUCCAGGACUGAAUGUACCUUCUGAUGUGGAAUUGCCACCAACGGCAAAAAUGCACGCGAUCAUUGAGCGGACUGCAAACUUUGUGUGCAAGCAGGGAGCCCAGUUUGAGAUCAUGCUGAAGGCCAAGCAAGCUCGCAACUCCCAGUUUGACUUUCUGCGGUUUGAUCACUACCUCAAUCCCUACUACAAGUUCAUCCAGAAGGCCAUGAAGGAAGGACGCUACGCCGCUCCCUCGGAAGGCAAAGCCGACGAGAAAAAGCACUCAAGAGUCAAAUCUGAAGAAGAUGAUGAUGAUGAUGAUGACGAUGAUGGAAAUUAUCUUCACCCAAGUCUUUUUGCAUCUAAAAAAUGCAGUAGGCUUGAAGAGCUCAUGAAGCCUUUGAAGGUAGUAGACCCUGAUCACCCCCUUGCAGCACUGGUGCGCAAAGCACAAUCAGAUAAUAAUUCCUCUACACCACAGUCAACAGACGGGGCAGCUGUGCAGACAUCACAAGCAGAAUAUUCCUCUGAUUCAACCGUGGCAGCCAUGUAUUACAGCUACUACAUGCUCCCCGAUGGAACCUACUGCCUGGCGCCUCCCCCUCCGGGCAUCGACGUUGCUGCCUACUACAGCGCUCUGCCCGCGGGGGUGACCGUGUCCAGCUCUGCGGGCGUGGCAGCGGCUCCGCCCCCUCCUGGCACCACGCCCCCGCCUCCCCCGGACCCGGCCGACAGCGCCGCCGGGCUGGGCUCCACCCCAGCACCAAACAGCACAAUUGCUCCAGUGGUUGCCAUUAUACCUCCACCUCCAGAUAUCCAACCUGUCAUUGACAAGCUAGCUGAGUACGUUGCUAGGAAUGGGGUAAAAUUUGAAACUAGUGUUCGUGCCAAGAAUGAUCUCAGGUUUGAAUUCCUGCAACCAUGGCACCAGUAUAAUGCUUAUUAUGAAUUUAAAAAACAGUUCUUCCUUCAAAAAGAGAGUGGUGACAACUGCCAGGGAGUAUCUUCCUCUGACGAUGUUCCAGCAGACACUGCCAAUGUUCCACCCAGUGAGGCUCAAUUUGGAGAUCAACAUGCACCUGAAAAUGCAUCUGAGCCAAGUGCUACGGGAGUUCCAGGAACUAAAAAGGAUGCUCCUCCUCCUAAAGCUGUCAGUGAUGGUAAACUGGUGAAAGCGUCCUUUGCUCCAAUAAGCUUUGCAAUCAAGGCCAAAGAAAACGACCUUCUUCCUUUGGAGAAAAACCGUGUUAAAUUAGAUGAUGACAGUGAUGAGGAGGAAGAGGAGGGAAAGGAAGGCCAAGAGAAUGCUAACAGUGUGUCAAACCAUACUCCAGCAAUUAUUACUCCUUGUACUGCUCCUGAAGAGAAAAAGCCUCAACUUACACAGGAGGAGUUGGAAGCUAAACAAGCAAAGCAGAAACUAGAGGAUAGAUUAGCAGCUGCAGCAAGGGAAAAGCUUGCACAGGCCUCCAAAGAAUCAAAGGAGAAGCAGCUACAAGCAGAACGCAAAAGGAAAGCUGCCUUGUUCUUGCAGACCCUGAAAAACCCUCUGGCAGAGGCAGAAACUGAGAAAAUUGAAGAGAAUUCCUUCAGUAGUGAGAGUGUCAGUAGUAUACCAUGUCCUGUGACUGCCGUCAGAGCUUUACCCACCUUAGAAGUUAAACAAGCAGAAAGGCCUUCAAGCAGAAGCAGAGAUCCUCCUAGGGAUGAAGAAAAGGAAAAGAAAAGGAAAAAACACAAGAAAAGAUCUCGGUCAAGAUCUCGAUCACCUUUCAAAUAUCAUUCAUCAUCUAAGUCCAGGUCUAGAUCACAUUCAAAAGCAAAACACUCGCUUCCCACUGCCUAUAGGACUGUGAGGCAUUCAAGGUCGCGGUCGAGGUCGCCGCGGAGACGGGCGCACACGCCAGAGCGGCGGCGAGAGGAGCGGAGCGUCCCCAGCGCGUAUCGCAUCAGCAACAGCCCCGGCAGCGGCAGGAAGCGGCCGCGCUCCCGCUCCCGAAGUCCCCAUGAAAAGAAGAAGAAGAGGCGGUCUAGAUCACGUACUAAAUCCAGAGCUAGGUCUCCCUCACCAUCCAUGUCGCCAGGCAAACCAUCCACACACAAGAAUUCUGUCCAUUCAGCUAGUGUCUCUCCUGUGGAGAGCAGGGAAUCCAGCCAGGAACGCUCCAGGGGAGUUUCUCAGGAAAAAGAUGGCCAAAUCUCUUCAGCAAUUGUGUCGUCAGUGCAGAGUAAAAUCACUCAGGAUCUUAUGGCCAAAGUGAGAGCAAUGCUUGCAGCUUCCAAAAACAUCCAAACCAGUGCCUCCUGAGACCUGCUGGAAGUGGCCAUCAAAAAAUUGUGUGAAAAGAACAAUUGGAAAAGAGCUGCCUCAUCUCAAAUGUACAGCUGAGCUUGGCUCACUUGGUUCACAACUCACCUAAUUUACCAGAACUCAAGAACCUAAGACCUAUCUUUCUGUACAGAAGCAUCUCCUUGAAAUUUCAUUAAUUUUUUUCAGACAGAAUAUCUUUGAAAGUUUUUGGGUUUUGUAAAUUGAUUUUUUUGACUAAUUCUUCAAUAACAUUUUAUGAUCAGCAGUCUAUAUGUGUAUAUUUGUAAAUACUAUGUUUCUGUGAAAAGUAUUACACAGUAAUAAAGAAGGAAACAUCUUUCAUUA